CGUGCAAAAACAAGUACAAGAACUGAACAUUCGCACGGUGGUACCAGACCGUGGGAAUUUCCUACCUGGCGGUUUUUUUAGUUGCCUAGGACGCUAGCUAGGCCUAGCAUAGUUAAAAGGAGGCUUACAGAUGAGGUGAAAAAAGAAUGGCCAAACCAUUCAAGAUAUGCGAUGCAGACAGAAGUAAACAGAUUGGAGUGGUGGCAUCCACAAUAGAUGAUGUGAAGACAAAAUAUAAAAAAUACUUUGAGGUUGAAGAAAAAGUGAGAAUUGUAGAGGAAAGUGAUGGCACAAUGUUAGAGGAUAACGAAUACUUUGAAAUGUUGCCAAAUUAUGUGCUGUUGAUGGCACUCAAAGAGGGAGAGCAAUGGAAGCAAAGACCUGUUAAAGAUUUUCAGCUUGAUAGCACACAAGCAACAGACCAGACCGACUCCUUAAACGACAACGAAUUGGAGGUUGUAGCACGGUCAAUCAAGAUAAAUCCAGCCCGCAUCCCAUUGCUAACACUGCAUGAACUUCAGCUUCUUGCAGAUGCUUCAUCUGAAGAAUUAGCUGAAAUAACUCAAAUGAGGCAUACAGAAGUGAGCGACCUUCAGCGAUACUGCCACCGGAGGCUGACAGCUGAUGAAGAAUUAAAAGAUGGUAUUGAACUGCUGAGGCUUUACCACCAGGCAAAUCCAUUAAAAAAGUAGUGUAUACAAAAAUGAAAUGCAAGUCAACUACCGUACUACUUCUGCCCUGGUACUUAAUAUCCAUGGUAUAAGAUAGAGCAUCAUGUUUCUGGAAACUCUAACACAAACCUCUAGUAAUUAAGCCCGCUUGGCUAUACAUGAAUACAUUUGCAGUUCAUCCUCAAUAGUAUAAUACACCUUUGAGUUUGGGUCCAAAAAAUUACCUUUUUGAAAGGUUCAGUCAACCAAAAAUGAUCAGUAUUGUUUUUUAUCAAAUAUAUCUAUUUAAUAACUUAUUUCAUGUAUUUACAUGAGAGGUCUAACAAACAAGGUAUUCAAAACAACAGGUUGGUCAAUUUUACAAAACAUGUAUAAAGCAAACUUGCAAUAGCACGAAGAUCAUGUAAUUUAAAUUUCUAAAAAAUAUGCUCCAUUUAGAGAAGCCAAAUAAAUAAAUGUAACAAAGUGAUAAUAACAUGGCUUAAUAAGUCAAAUAAUCAUUAAAAACUAAAUAUAAAAAAUGAGCAGUAAAGAAUGCAAGGCUGUCAUUAAACUUGUGAUGGUUGUAAUUUCAACAUUCUAGCUGGAAAGAGUUUCCAUGCUCCCUGUGUUUAGGAUGUUCUACAAUGUCUUCAAAAAAACAUGCCUUGUUAUUAUGUCUGUAAAUGUUAAUUUUAUAGUCAUAUUAAUAGUCGCCAUCCUGAGCACUUAGUGUUCAAAUUUUCUGGUGCCAAGGCAAAUAUUUUGAUAAAUUUGUUGUAUAAGUGUUCAAUUUAUUUCCAAGACUAACCCCUGUUUAACUUGCACAUGAGUUUUUAAUAUUAUAUGGCAAGAUAAAAGUUAUUUUAUGUUUUUAAUUUGAUGGCAUAAUAAAAUAUGGAAUUAAAUCUUGUUAUUUCUGAAACGUCAUGAUCUUUUCAUAUACAUAAAAUAAAUUUCACAGAAUGUGUGUUCUAUGCUUUCAAAUAUUUCUAUAUACUUGUGCGUCUUAUAAGAUAAUUUUAUAACAUAUUCCAUUUUCAAAUAUUCCAAGCACUGCACAAUGGCAAAAUUUUCCUGAUUAAUAAAUUUAUUGUAAUGCCAAUAAUAAGUUAUGUUUUCAAGUCUCCACCAAAAUCAAAAAGUGGCAACCAUCAAAAUAAUAAUAGGGUUGGCUAACUUUUUCAUCAAGAAAUAUAUUCUUUUCCCAAAAAAGGAACACACAAUAACUGUAUGAUGUUUCAAACUUCUAAAUAUUCAAUUAAUUUGAUGCUUCAACAUGGAUUUUAGCCCAAUGUGACCAUUGUCUCUGCUUUGGCAUCAAAAUAAGGUGGUUUUUUUUUUUGCCUAAUCCUUAGUAUCUAGUAUACAUUGUUUGAGUACGAUUUUGGGAUAUAUUAUUGUAGAAUACUAUCUAAAAUAUUUAUAUUUCUGUAGGAAAAAAUAGUUUUUAGGUUUCUUUGUAUUUUGUAUAUCACUUCCAAAGAGUUGUGAAUAAAAGGCAAUUUUUGUUUUAAA